CUCUCGCGUCCCAUCCUUGUCACAACUGUCACUGCAGAGAUGGCUGCUGUUUGGCUCCUGCUCCUUCUGGCGCAUGCGGUCUGGAUCGACAGAGCUACGCAAGAUGUAUAUGAUGCUGGGCUUAGACAGAGACGUGUGUCAGAUGUGUCUUCCAAUGAUGUUUCGCUGGAUGAGGCUUUUGAACUUCUCCAGGCUUGGAAUUCUGUGCUGAAGCUAAAAAGUAAAGUGGCAGCCAGAGAUGACUCAAUGAGCGCCGACCACCCAAGCCACAGCAUGAGCGCCGACCGCCACGACAUGAACUACCCCAGCCACAGCAUGAGCGCCGACCACCACCCCAGCCACAACGUGAGCCCCAGCCACAGCAUGAGCGCAGACUACCCCAGCCACAGCAUGAGCGCAGACUACCCCAGCCACAGCAUGAGCGCCGACCACCACCCCAGCCACAACGUGAGCGCCAACCACAGCAUGAGCGCUGACUACCCCAGUCACAGCAUGAGUGCCGACCACCACCCCAGCCACAACGUGAGCGCCAACCACAACAUGAGCGCAGACUACCCCAGCCACAGCAUGAGCGCCGACCACAACGUGAGCGCCAACCACAGCAUGAGCGCUGACUACCCCAGCCACAGCAUGAGCGCCGACCACAGCAUGAGCGCCGACCACCACCCCAGCCACAACGUGAGCGCCAACCACAGCAUGAUCGCUGACUACCCCAGUCACAGCAUGAGCGCCGACCACCACCCCAGCCACAACGAUAGUGCCAACCACAGCAUGAGCGCCGACUACCCCAGCCACAGCAUGAGUGCCGACCACCGCCACAGCAUGAGCGCUGACCACCACCCCAGCCACAGCAUGAGCGCCAACCACAGCAUGAGCGCUGACUACCCCAACCACAGCAGGAGCCAUGAGCGCCGACUACCCCAACCACAAUAG